AUCACUAACAUGGAAGUUGAUGAAACCAAACAAGACCACUUGAAAGUUCCUAAGAUGAAGAAGAAGGUAUUGAGGAAACAGGUCAGAGCUCAGCACACAUUGAUGAGACAUGAGAGCAUUGAGUGUGUCUCCCAUGCCACACAGAGCUUGGUUGUUGCCAACGCUGGUCUAGGUAAUGGGAUGAGUAGACAGCAACUGUUCAGAAUAGUAGAAGAAUAUGGAUUGGUGGAAACACUCUUAAUGCCACCGAAUAAACCAUAUUCAUUUGUGAAAUACGGGACAACAGAAGAAGCCAAGAAAGCCUUUGAUGCCCUCAAUGGAAAAGAAGUUACACUGGAGGACUUUGGCCAAAAUAUUGUUCUGUAUAUUAACUUUGUGGAAAAAGUUUUUUGGAAGAAUGCUGUACCUACAAGCUUGCCUCCAGGCCUAACAGUGGUUGAAAAGGUUAUUUCUCCUGAGGAAGAAAAGAGGAUGUUGGAAAGUAUUGACUGGAUAGAAGAUGAAGAUACUCAAAAUGCCCAGAAGACUUUAAAACAUAGAAGAGUAAAACAUUUUGGAUAUGAGUUUUGUUAUGAUAACAACAAUGUUGAUAAACAUAAACCUUUACGUGGAGGUCUUCCUGAAAUUUGCAACCAAUUCUUGGAGAAGUGCUUGAAGCAGGGAUAUAUCAAACAUAAACCUGAUCAACUGACCAUAAAUCAAUAUGAACCUGGACAAGGAAUUCCUCCUCAUAUUGAUACACAUUCUGCUUUUGAGGAUGAAAUAAUCUCUCUCAGUUUAGGAGCUGAGAUUGUGAUGGAUUUCAAACACCCUGAUGGCCGUACGGUAGCAAUUAUGCUGCCCCGAUGCAGUUUGCUAGUGAUGGCUGGAGAAUCCAGAUACCUGUGGACACAUGGGAUUACACCCCGAAAAUACGAUGUCAUUCAGGCAUCUGAACUUGGACAGAAGGUUGCAACAAUCACUACUGAUGUUGGAGAUUUAACAUUAAAUCGAAGGGAAACAAGGACAUCAUUUACAUUCAGGAAAGUGAGGAAAAGUCCUUGCAAUUGCAUUUACCCAUCUGUCUGUGACAGCCAGAAAGGACAGCAAAGACAGGGGCAACCUUCAUUUCCCCUCAGUGAGAUGGAGGCCUCAAAACUGGAACAAGAACAUGUACACAAGGUGUAUGAAGAGAUUGCAGCACAUUUCAGCAGUACCAGGCACAGCCCUUGGCCCCAAAUUGUAGAGUUUCUCAUGUCAUUACCAAAAGGGGCAAUAGUAGCUGAUAUUGGUUGUGGUAAUGGGAAAUAUCUAGGCAUCAACAAGGAUUUGUACAUGAUUGGCUGUGAUCGCAGCAAAAACCUCGUGGAUAUUUGUGGAGAAAAAGAAUUCCAGGCUUUUGUCUGUGAUGCCCUGUCGGUGCCAAUCCGGAGUGGUUCUUGUGAUGCCUGCAUUUCUAUUGCUGUAAUCCACCAUUUUUCAACAGCAGAGAGGAGACUGGCUACUAUCCGUGAAUUAGCUCGUCUUCUAAGACCUGGUGGAACAGCACUUAUUUAUGUCUGGGCAAUGGAACAAGAAUACAAAAAACAGAGGUCUAAAUAUCUUAAGGAAAAGAAGGAUAGUAAAGGCAAGGAGGAGGAAAUUAAUACUGACAUGGCCAGGGGACUGCUAAGUGAUCAAAUGCCUGAUGACAGCAGCCAAGACUCAGCAAGUUCUGACCAACUCUUUAAUGACUCUAAGGACAAAGGCGGUGAUGCAAAGUCAGUAGCAGACUCCAAACUGCCUGUUCACACUAACCGAACCUCCUUCCACUCUCAAGACCUGCUGGUUCCCUGGCAUCUGAAAACUGAAACUAAAAAGAAAGGGGAAAGUGCUGAUACACUGUCAUUUCCAGCUGGCUCUAAGGAAUCGCAAGAACUCAGCCCUAUUUUCCACCGUUAUUAUCAUGUGUUCUGUGAAGGAGAACUGGAGGCAGCAUGCAGAUCCUUGGAUUGUGUGAGGAUUCAAAAAAAUUACUAUGAUCAGGGAAACUGGUGUGUGGUUCUGGAAAAGCUGUAAGCCUGUGUUGCUUCCUCCGUUAACUAAUGUUUUACUGGAUGGAAGUAUUUUUAAUGAACUCUGCUGCUACUGCCUCUUUUAAAAUAGCACAAUAAACAUUGAUUGAAUUUA